AAAACCCAGUAUGCAUCCUGGAGUCACCUUCAAAAGCUGUUUUAAGCUCAAAAGAAGCAACCCCAGUGGCACAAAAUGAAGUUCAGGUUCUUGAGUCCUUGGAUGACCUGCCACCUCUCCCAGAACCACCAUCACCACUACCUGAACUGGCAGACAAAGUUCGAGACACACUUCCUCCCCAGAAGCCUGAGCUCAAGGUGAAACGGGUUAUGAGACCCAGGGGCAUUGCCCUGACUUGGAACAUCACCAAAAUCAAUCCUAAGUGUGCGCCUGUGGAAAGCUACCACAUCUUCCUGUGUCAUGAGAACUCUGAUAAUAAGUUGAUUUGGAGAAAAAUUGGAGAAAUUAAAGCUUUACCACUCCCAAUGGCCUGUACUUUAUCUCAGUUUUUAACAUCCAACAGAUACUAUUUUACUAUCCAAUCAAAAGAUAUUUUUGGGCGAUAUGGACCAUUUUGUGAUAUAAAAGGUAUCCCUGGGUUUUCUGAUGAUCUUUCCUAAAAGAGUAUUUUCAAUAAUUAUAUAUUACACUACAUGUCAUUUUGUUUUUUCAUAUUUGAGUUGUUUGUUUGCAAUGUUACUUGAACACUACUUGCCGUUCAAAAGUUCAGAUUGUGAACCCUUUAUAUAGGGACAGUUCUCUUUCAUAUGUUGUAAGUGGCCAGUAAUUUCAUGAAUUUCUGAUUUGUAUUAAAUAUUUAAGUCCAAUGGAUAUGUUCUAAAACAUAAACUAUCAUGGGUCUGUGUUGCUUAAGUGUGUUACGAACAAUACCUUUGGUGACUAUGGAACUUCUGCGUAUAUCCGAAGCCCUUGGAUACAAACAGCCACUGCUUUGUCUGCUGACAAUCAGCUUUUGCUGCCCUACUUGUGAUCAGUUUAGCUAUAGGAAAAAUCAGCUCUUUCCUGAGGCCAGACCAUCCCUGGGAUGCAUCUCCACCAAGAUUUUAUGAAAAUAAAUGACUUCUAUUCAGAUUCUGAGUGGGCUAUUAAUUUAUGCCCCUCCUUUUUUUGUUGUUAUGUCAAUCAUUUGGGG